AUGUUCGACUGGGACGGUUGGCUACUGAAGGUGGUCUACUACUACGGGUUUCUGGCCGGAAUCUCCAACUUUGAAGUGGAUUGGAGAAAGUGUCGUGUCUUUAAAACAAAAAGGAGUACCAUCUUUGCCGUUUUUCACAAUGCACUGGCCUUGGUUCUAGUGAUUUUCUAUUGGAGAGGUCAUGAAAGCUAUAACGUGCUCUUUGGCAGAGCAAACAAGCUGCACGAGGCUCCUAACUAUGGUGACGAGGUGGAGGCGACGUCGUCCUCUGAUGAGGAUAAUGAGGAGGUUGUUCCGCCUCUACUUGGCCAAGCCACAAGUCAAGAGGAUGUCACGUCGGUUGAUACUUCACUCGGACUGAACGCCGUUCAACGUAUUGGCUCUGACUUGAUCCUGGGCUUGGUUCUGCAGUUCUGUAUGGUAGCCUGUAUGACUUUAGCCAUUAGCCAGUAUUAUCUAGUCAUGCUAUUCAUUCGGACGCAAUACGAAAUGCUCAACUCGGAAUUACGAGGCUUGAUCGAAGAGACUAAGGCAUUAAGCCAUCGGCCACGCCGCAAUGGAGUUUUCAUGACCAAGUGUUGUGAGCUGUCGGAUCGAUUGGAUGACAUUGCCCAACAGCAGGACGAGAUCCAGUCCAUUGUUGCUAGCUUGGGAGGGGCGUUCGGCACUCAGGGACUGUUGGUUUACACUGCCUACUAUUUGUCAGUGGUCUCCACCGCCUAUCUGAGCUACAGCCUCGCGAAAAACGGCAUCGAAAAUCUGGGUAUGACAUUCGGCAGUUUGGCGGUGUCGUUGACUUGGUGCUUUUUCUAUUACACGGAUGCCUUAAGGAACCUGUUUGUCGUCCUAAGUAUUCAAAAUGAGCACAGGACCCUGAUUCGUAUCAUGGAAGAGCGAACUGUUUUUCCUCCGGGCCUAGAUAUCCGGCUGGAGCUAUCGAGCGAAGCCGAAGUACGCAGAUAG